CGAAAUAUCAAGCUAAACUGACAACUUAACUUAAAGUAAAAGGAAAAAAACUAAAAGUCACGCUGUUUUCUAUAAGUGGUAUCCCUAUAACCGCAGGUCUGGAGAAUUUCAAUUUUGCGGACUCUUUGAUUGAAUCAUCAUGCCAAUCAAGCAGCACCCCAGGAAAUUCACCAAUGAUGGAAUCUCCACGAAUGUAUGAAGAGGGGCUUCCUGAUAGCGACUUUGUGCAAAAACUGAACCAUCCCGUGUUCAUCUUCAGAGACGAGAUUCAGCAGAGUGAUACGUUAGAUCCAACACUGGAAAACGUUGUGGAUCUUCACGAAUUAAUCGCCCUGGAAUCCGGCGAGGGGCCGCUAAUUUUGGACAAUUAUCUGUCGUCUAGCGACCUUGACAUUGUUGAGGGCCACAUCCCCGCUAGCACAAACUCGGAUUUCCUCGAUAUAUCGAAGUUUGUACCAGAAACCGUGCAAAAAGUCUGCAUGACUAACCCAGACGAGGUGACCAGCACUACCAACGGCCGCCCGAUCCUUACGAUUAAAUCCGAGGAUCUGGGUUUCGCCGAUUGCCAUGCCGCCUCACUGCCACUAUCGCCAGUCCACUCGGAAGUGGACAGUCGAAGCUGCUGGUCUCCGGCUUCGACAACAUCUAGCCGUUCUAGUCGCUCAUCGAAGGAACCGCUGGUUUACGAGUGCCGAAAACCAGGACGAAAACCGUCAGCAAACGGUCCGAUACGGCCCAGGAAACGUGAGCCACCGAAAAAUACAACGGAGUACUUCGAUAAACGUGCACGAAACAAUGUUGCUGUGCGUAAAAGUCGUGAAAAGGCAAAACUUCGACAGGGGGAGACUGAAACAAGAGUCAACCAGCUCACAAACGAAAACGAACGCUUGCAAAAGAAAGUCGACUUGCUCUCUAAGGAGCUUAAUGUCCUUAAGAGCCUGUUCAUUAAUGUCGGCUCGGCGUUACCAGAAAACUUUGAGGAGCUUUUGUCAAGAUGACGGCAGUUCUAGCAUGGAAUGUAGUUUAGACAUAAUCUGUAUAAAAGGCACCUUUGUUAGUUUAACUUCAUUUAUAUAUUUUUGUAUGCAUGUUAAUGUAUGUCCCUGUACUUAUGCUAGAUGUUGUGAUAUUUGUUAUACAACUCUUACAUUGACUGUAGUCUACAUUUACAAUAAAUCAUUACCGCUUUUCAUUUACGAACAGAGUAACUUUUUAUAUGUGUAUACACUUAUUAAUCGUUUUACAAGUUACAAUGCAUGUUUCGUUUCAUGCAUUCUGCUGGCAGUUAAAUUCUACCUAGUUUACAUAUCAAGCUGUUCUGGCUUUGAAAACUGGUCUGUUUUUAUUUUGCAUGAUUGUGUUAAUGUUAUACAUUAUUGGAAACCAAAGAAUAACGGAUUUGCAUGUUUUAUCGACACAGAUUUAGAAGAAAUCCAUUGUACAUGUUACAAGGAAGACCCUGUUAAGCUUGGAUGUAAAUUUUAUUCUUAUAAUGUUACCGAUGUUCUCUAUACUGUAGGCGUCGGCUUGUAUUUAAGUCGUGCGUUCUGCAAAAAUAAAAGAACACAAAACGA